AUGAAAUCGAGGCUUCAAAAUGGAAAUUAUUUUUUGAAUAAAGAUUUCGCCUAUUAUCAUAGACCAUAAAUACCUGUAACAAUCCAAUCAAAAUCAGCUAUUGAAAUUAAACCGAUUCCCUAGCCCAGCAACUAUCUAAAGAAACAGAAAACUAUUCACUAUUAUGAUCAAUACAAAUUUGAAUAAUAUACAUCUGCUAAAACUAAACUCUAUGAUUUGCUAAGCUUAAGAUAAAGUAAUUAUAAUCGAUCAUUCAAGCUAAUAGGACACCAAUUCAAAGAAGAAGACAACCUGAAUCCUCUCUUAUAGUUAAAAGGAAUCCAGAGAUUUUCACAUCAGUUGUUGAAAUGAACGAUAUCAAACAAAAGGUCAAAACUGUCAGUCAAGAAUGUCCAAGAACCUAAUAAAAAAUUACAAUGGUUCAACACUCAGCAUAAUUAGCGAGCACACAAAAAAGAAAUCAUAACCAUUCGAAAUCUACCAAUAACAAUAAUACCUCGACUCCGAUACUCAAUAAAACAGUCUCUCAAUUUCAAUGUUUCACUCCUCUAACAAAUUCAAAAAACAAUGCAUAAUCAGACCUUAUGCAGAGAAUCAAAUAACAAAAAUUAGAAAGUCUAAUCAAUCUUAUUAUCAACAAUCAACUUAAUAAUAUUGUGCAUGGCUUCACACUCAUUAAGAAUACUGCUCCUCUACUUCCUUACAUCAAGGAUUUGGAAAGAAGAAAAGCCGAAUUCAAAUAGAAAAGAUUUCAAAUUAAAUUAAUCAGAAUUAAAUGA